GUACGCGCGAGCAGAGAAGCGAGCGGGCGGCCCGGGCUCUCGGCUCCCGGUCCGCAGUCAGGGUGGGCUCCUGCGGUCCCCGCAGGAGGAAGGCGCUCCUGCCAGAGGAAAAGCCCAUACCUGGUAAUGAUCUACGGUGACUCAGAAACAGUUUCCACUGGGAAGCUCCUGCAUUUUUAACGUCCCUGACGGUCAAGAAGAACUUAUCUUUUUGGAAGCGACUUGGCUGUUAAAUCGUUACAUUGGGAUUUCUCAGGAUAUAGCCUUCAAGGGGUGACCACCACCUGGGCAUGGGACACUGGCCCCUUCCCCACCUCCUGUGAGUGAGCCAGGGGCCGGGGUUACUGUGGGGAUGCCUGUCCAUCACCAGAAGUCAGACUCCUGGGAGAUGGACCCUGAUUCAUCACCCGGCUGCAGGCUCAGUGACCUGAGCAGAGGGAGCAGUUUGGAGAGUCGGACCAGCAGCUCUCGUUCCCGAAGCCUCACUCUGGAUGAUGAGAGCCUGAAGUACCUCACACAUGAGGAAAAGGACGUCCUCCUGUUUUUUGAAGAGACGAUUGAUUCCCUGGAAGAUGACUUUGAGGGGCAGGUCCUGUGUGACGGUGACGCCCAGUGGCACUCUCCGAGGUCUCUGGAAGACAGCACGUCCGCUCCCUCCGAGCCAGAGGAUGUCGUGGCCUUGGUGCAGCUGGGCCCUGGAGCUGGGGAGCCUGAGAGACUUGAGGAGGUGAAGGAGACCGCAGGGGCUGGCCCUUUUGGAAAGGAAGACGCCCCUGACCUUGAUCACAAGAAAGAGGAUGCAGAGAAGUCUCCUCCGUCAGACCCCCCAGGGCCUGAGGCCCUGCCAUCUUCCCUACCUGCCUCACCUGUAGCAGCUCCGGCCCACCCCAGGAGAGAGCCCCCGGCUCCCCCGGCAGAGCACCCCAAACUGCCCCGCUCGGUCCCCACUCCGCUCGUCAUCGCCCAGAAGAUGUCUGAGAAGCUGGCAGGGAACGAAGGGCUUUCACCCACAUCUCCGUCCAAAGAGGGCAGGCCUGCAGAGUGGAGGACGCUGGCUUCUCUGGCCCCUCGACACGGAGACCACUCACCGUGGCACCGACAGCCGGCCCCCAAGACCCACCGCUUCCCGAGCAACAUCAGUGUGACCAACAGUGCGGGGAAGGACUUCAGUAAGACCAUCUCCAAGGCCGCAGUCAACGUGCAGGAGCGCAAAGCCCAGGUCCUGGCCAACAUCAACGGCGCCUCCUUCCUCUCUGUGGGGGAGACGGAGGACCGGGCCCAGAGGGGCGAGCCCACCGAGCAGAGCAGCGUCUCUCCCGAGCAGAGCCAGCCAGGCCCGGCCCAGGAGGCUGUCCCCACGCGGGCUGGGGCCCGCGGCGCCCAGCAGUCCAGAGGCGUGCAGACAGAACAGCCCCUGCCGCUGGCCAACGGCUUCCAGAGCAUCCACGACGUCCUCAAGAGCCAGGCCGGGCCCUUCGUCUCCACCGGGAAGACAGUGACCUUCCGUCCGGACCCAGCCCUCCCCAGCAGACUUGCACCCCAGCAGCCGGACUGCGGCCAGGCGGCCAGGAAGCGGUCGGGCUCGCUCCCCAGGGCUGUGGGGUUCAGACCCCAGGGUAUCACUGUCCAGUUCUCGGGCCGGGGCUCCACGGAAGAGGCCCGCCGGGAGGCCCUGCGGAAGCUCGGCCUCCUGAAGGAGAACUUAUGAUGGAGAGUGAGCGGACGCCGGGGAAGGCAGGGUGGCCUGCUGCGCAGAGCCAAAAAUGGAUGUGCACAUGCGCACAGCUGCAAAGCCCCGACUGGGUACUGGGUUGACGACUAGAGAUGAGGGCCUGGGAGUUAGUAGAUGAGCCGCCCUCCAUUCUGCAUCCGAGCUGGGACAUCCUUCCAUGUAAGAGGGCCUGCACCACAUCUUGUCUUCCCUUUUCCAAGAGCUCAGAGAAUAACCUUGAAAACCUACAGGUUUCUAUGAUUUGUAAAUGCCAUAUGUUUUUUGGAUCUAGGAGGAAGGGGAUUUGGGUCUGACUUUGUGUGUGUGUGUGUGCUGUUAUUGAGCCUCUGAUCUAACCUUUAAUCCCCGAAUGCAUGAGAGGAAAGCCAGUGUAGAUCUCAUACUCAUUUCCCUAAGAAAGGGAACUUCCCCUCCUUUUCAAGAAAAUAAAGAAGUGCUUGUUCAAUUUU